CUGGCCAUUUGUUUCUCCUCCAUUUUCUAACGUACAAUAAUAGAACAGGAAUACAACUAAAACCCAUAAACAAUAGUUUCUUUCUCUUCCUUCCUCAUCAGUGAUCAUACAUUUUUAUGGAAUUUUCCAUUAGAUGGAAGCCUCAGGUGGUCAUGCUAUUUGCAGUGGUGUGUGGAGUAUACAUUAUUUCUAUAUGUAUGAGACAAACAACUAACUUAAGAAGCAUAGGUUCUCUAAGCAUCCCCUUGAUUGAUCCCAAAUGUUCCAUUCCUAGUAGUAAUGUUCAAAAGUGGGAGAUUCCUUUGCAGCACUUCCCUAAACCUCAGACAUUUAGCAGGGGGGAAUGUGAGUGCAAUCCUGUGAGGUUCUUUGCCAUAUUGUCAAUGCAGAGGUCAGGGAGUGGAUGGUUUGAGACAUUGUUGAAUAGUCACAUAAAUGUGAGUUCCAAUGGGGAAAUUUUCAAUGUAAGGCAAAGGAGGGCUAAUGUGUCAAUGGUGAUAAAGACUUUAGAUAAGGUUUACAAUCUUGAUUUUCUAACAAGUUCCUCAAAGAAUGAGUGCUCAGCUGCGGUUGGCUUCAAAUGGAUGCUUAAUCAGGUCAUCAAUAAGUCAAGGUCCAAUGAAAGAAGAUGGAGUGCAAAUGUGAGAUUAUUCUUAGAUUACAUAAAUGUGAGAUUAUUAUGAGAAGACCAGCGAAAUGUGAUAUUAUUCUUGUCAAUUUUUUCUUUCAAAUAUCAAUUCCUUUAUUAUUUAUUUAUUUAUUUAUUUAUUUAUUUCCACCGCCCUCAAUUACCUACGUUGUCGGCGGCACCACCGGCCAUUUCUUUGACCCAUAUAUACAAAAUGAUUGUGCAAACAACAUAACAACUAUUUAUUAUAGAAUAAAUGAGUAUUCAUAAACAAAAAAAGAUACGGAGUGCAUGGUCCAGAAAUGGUAUGGUGAUGCUGAUGUGGCCAUGAUGUAAACGUGGUGUGGCGAUGAGGUGGCAAUUAGCUUACAAAAGAAUCUAUCGGAGACCUACUAAUAACGGGAUUAUGAUGCAUCACGAAGCGAUUGUGGAGUACUUCAGGAGGCGAGGGGUGUCUGCGAUAUUUCUAUUACGAAGGAAUCCGCUGCGUAGGUUGAUCUCCCUCCUUGCAAAUACUUAUGACAAGGAUGUUAAACUCUUAAAUGGAAUACACAAAUCUCAUGUUCAUUCUCCCCAAGAGGCUCAUAUACUUGCUAAAUACAAACCAAGUGUAAAUAUAUCUGCACUCAUACCCAAACUAAGAAGCACCAUGAAGAAUUCUGCUAUGGCUUUGGAUUUCUUCAAGAACACGCGGCAUGUUGUGUUUUACUAUGAAGAUAUUGUUAGAAAUCGCACGAAACUCAGAGACGUUCAAGAAUUUCUUGGGCUGCCGAUUAGAAACCUUACGAGUCUGCAGGUUAAGAUACACAGCGGCUCUCUAUCAAACCAAAUUAAGAAUUGGGAUGAAGUGCAGGAGAAACUGAAGGGAACUGUGUAUGAAAAGUUUCUUUACACAGAUGAAGAUUAGUAAUACGGAGUAGUUUUUUUUUCAAAAACUUGAUGUGCUUGUAAAUUACGGGGUAGUGAAUUAGAAUAGAACUUUACCCAAUUAUUAGUCCAUUGUAGUUAGUACAUUAAAUACCAGAAGAUAUUUGGGCUUGAAGGCUCUUGCACCCAUGAUAGAAGACUUACCGUUGCAAUAGUAUAUUUGGUCAAUAAUUCAAUAUAUAAUGAUUCAUGUUUUUCUUGCAUUGUCAAA